AUGCGCAAAACCAACCUCAUCGCCAUCCUCGCAGCAGCCAUUAGUGGCGUAACAGCCAUCGACAAGAUCGCACACAAAGCCGAAAAAUGUAUCAGCUAUGCCGUUACAGAUAGUUCAUGGGCGGAGAACGACCUGAGAAGACGACGAGUCGUCUACGACACUACCGGACUCAUCCCACACUACGAUCAGACGCUAUAUAGCAUUGGGUGGAUGUGGUCAAACGAGAAGAAAGCAUGUAAUGCCCAAGCCGUAGACACGAUUGUGUACUACAAUGGUAUAAUCAUACCAGGUGGCACAUAUGUGAUCGAAAGCAGUGAAGAGUUGAGUGAAGAUGGCGACCGCGCGUAUCAGUGUCUUCUGGAAGUGUUCAAAAUUACUCUGGGAAACAACUUGAACUGCACGGCGGUAUAA